AUUGUGAAAAAUUGAAGAAGUGACAUUAGCAAUUAAUUACGCUCGUACAUUACGUUCCUUACUUAAUUGGAAUGUAAGAAGCUCUGGCAGCUCUACCGUUAGCUCUCCAAUAUUUUGACAUCUAUUUAUUUACAAUUUGCACACGGGAAACAAAACUAAAAUGCACUUAAUCAAUUGUGAAUGCAAUAAUAAAUGCAGAGAAAUACAAUAAAACAAACAACCCGAAAACAUUUAUUUAUAAUCCAACGCCACCAGACAUGAGCCAGCGGUAAAUACCCAUCGCUUCACUGAAAAUGUAUAUAUACUAACGCACAACUUGGAAGCUGCACAGUACCCAAACAUGCAUGCGUAUGUUUGUAAAUAAUUCACAAAUUCUAGUUUUUCAUCUUUGGCUUUGAUCGUAGAAGAAAAUUUCUGAGCAGAGUUCAUAAAGCCAAGUUGUAUGGAAAAGGUGAGCUUGGCUGAAAUGAGAGUAGACAAGAAAACGACUAGUCUGGCUAGCAUUUGCAUUUGUGCAGUGGAAUGAGCGAGUGCCGUAUUAAAAACGCCCAGUUUAGACCGCUAAUUGAAAAGUGAAAGAAUUAAAAAUAAGUUAAUUGUAAUGCAAUUGUGGAAGCCGCAUCUCCCACAUAAUUAGAACAUAUAAUUGUUCACAAGUAUAAAAUCGAGUUACAUUACAAACUGAAAAAAAAAAAUUGUAAAAAUUGUUUGCCAGGUUCCUACUGAAAGCUUGAUUUUUUUUAAAGAUUAACUAAAAAUUUAUGAACCGUAAUAAUGUCUAUGAACAAUUUAUCAAUUGAUGGUGAAUUCCGUUACAUCAUACAGUGGUUUAACGAGUGGAGUGAGUUGCAACGUGAUGACUUUGUACCGGUGUUGGUGGAAUACCUGCAGCAGAGUGAAUCAGGCGAAAUCUAUAUGAAUGGAGUCGUUAACUCUGUGGCUGAAGUUGGCAUACAAGAUAAACCGAUGAGUUUAUUCCAAUGUAGGAUAAAACUAUUCCGAGAAUGGAACAAAAAAUGGCCAUCAGACCUAAAGCAUAAGCUACGUGAAAAAGUUUCCGAAAUAGAUUCAAAAGUGGGCGAAAAGAUCACUAAUGAAAUCAAGUCUAACGGUGGCGAGCUUAUAAAUGGUACAACAAAUGGUUAUAAUGGUGAAGAAGCUGUGUUGGAAAUACCUAUUGAAUCUAAUGUUAACAACAAUGCAGAGCAUAUAUCUGAUAGUACAGCCGACGGGAGCAAUGAGGCUGUAGAAGCGUCAAUACAUUUGGAUAGUCAAAUUGUAGCAGCAUUGAAUAAUGAAACACCAGUCGAUGACAAUACAACACAUGAAAACACAGAAAAUGAGACCGCCGACACGACUACAAUGUCCACUGCGGCCAUAGCUACUGAUAUUGUAAAUUCUCCUAUUGCUACGCAACUACAAUUGGAACCAGAUGAGCAAGUUCAUUUGCCAACGCAAAACGCAUUAGAAGAAAAUGUAAUAGUCGCCGAUAGUAUUGCAACAACUACUGCCACUGUCGCAUAGAAACUAUAUCUUAUUACGGUUCAUUUAAAAAGCAGAAAAAAAACAUUCUUUCUAAGGCAGCUACUUGUUUUAUCAAAGCAACAUAAUUAAACAGGAACAAAUAUUAAACAGAA